AUGAAGGAUCCAACCUAUCCUCUAGUACCCAUAUUAAACGUCCUGGCCGCAUGUUUGCUCAGCUUCACACUCAUAUCCAUCGUCCUUCGUGAAGCACGUAGUAACCGUGGUGUUGUUAUGCUGUGUGUAUGGGUUUUAGUUCAAGACACACUUAUGGCCAUACAAUCCAUCGUAUGGAGAGAAUCGUGGCGGAUUGAGAUGCCCGUAUUCUGCGACAUCUCGUCGCAUCUAUGGAUAGGGUUGACAAUCGGGAUACCUGCCUGCUCGUUUGUGAUCACUCGCCGUCUUUGGCUCGCUGUUCGGGCAAACCCAGGCUCAGGCCGCAAGAAGACGCAUGAUGGCAUUCUCGUUGAUUAUCUCUUGGGUCUCGGUUUACCCUUGCUCAGUAUGUCUGUCUACUACCUCGUGCAAGCUGCACGGUUUCAAGUUAUUGAGAACUACGGCCCUAGUACCUAUAUAUACCCAUGCUGGGUUGCUGUCAUCCUAUUGCAAAGCUGGCCGAUCAUUUUCCCUAUCUUGUCAACAUCAUUGUACGGAUGGCGCAUAGUCACACGCCUUCAUCGCCACAGACGCACAACAAGAGAACUGAAGCUACUACAGUACAACGGCGAUCAAGUUCAGCGCACGCACUACAGGCGACUGUUCACGCUUGCAUGCAUCGAUACAGUCCUUGUUCUACCUCUCGGGAUCGUCCCUUUUGUCCCAGGUGUGCCAACACCUGCGAUGUCGACAUCGGGUGACGAAUUUUGGCCUGGCUGGAAUACAAUCAAGGAGUGGUGGGCUCCACAGGCCGUGUCCAGUGACGAGUGGCGGAUAUCUGUUGCAUGGUCUGUGAAUAUAUAUUGGAACCAACUUUUUGGUGUACUGCUGUCCGUUGUCAUCUUCUUGCUGUUUGGUUUCACAAGAGAUGCGCGGGAGCGGUGUGGGACUGCCUUAUCCAGAGCGAGAAACUUCGGGACAUUGAUGCCGAAAUCUCGCCGCAGUAGCUCGCGCAUCUCACUACCUACCGCUCUCCCUAUCGCACGUACCAGGAUCAGGCGAGCGGACUCGCUUUCUAUGGUGAACAUCUCGAAAAGUAUGGGGGAUGAAACCAACCUAGUGGAUAUCGAAGUUCGUUGGUCGACAUACAACUCUACAACGAUGUAA